AGUUCGUAUUCAUGAAGUAUAUAUAUACUCUUUGUAUUUGUUUUUCUCGAGUUAUUUACUACAUAAUUAAAUUCUAAAAUUUGCUUUAGCUUAGGAUGUUGGGUAAUCUUAAAGAAUUUAUAUCAGUUGUUCAAGACGGUUUAACAUCCAACAAUAAUUUACGUCAAACUUUGCAAGAAGUUCAAAAAGUGAAAAAUAUUUUUAGGGACAAGCAAAAGAUUUCAAGUGAAAUUGAAAGCAAAGUUAAUUAUGGAGCUGGUGGGGAAUUACUUGAGAAAUAUCAAGAAAACUGGGCAGAGUUACACGAUAACGCGGACAAAAAUGCGAAAGCGGCAGAAGAAGUCGAUAAAUUAAUCAUACAAUUGCACGAAACUACAAAAAAACGAUUGCAAAGUGCAACAGACUUGGCUCAGAACUUGUCCCACUUACCAAAUUUGACGGCGUCCGUGGCACAGUGCAUGGAUAGCUUGAAGAGUGUGCAAACCCUAUUGCAUGAAGUUGAAAACCAACUGGUUGAGUUUGAAGAUAUUAUUGAAAGGAGUAAUAUAGAGAAGUGGAAGCUUGAUCACCAUUACCACUUAACACUUUACAAAGAAAAGAAAAUGGCUGGGCUUGAAGAAAUUCGUAACCAAUUAGCGAAACAGAAUUUGGAGAUAAACAAUGAAAAUGAAAAGAGGCAGCUAGCGGAGUUACAGACGAAGAGAGAAAGCAGCGCUGUGGCGUUCAAAAGUGAUAUGGCAAAGUACUUGGCUAGUGGAAAUGUGCCAUCCACUCCUUCACCAGCACCAAAGAUUACAUUAGAACAGAUACAAUUGGACGAUGAUAAGACGGAUUUAGAGAAAUUCCUCGAGAGUUGAUUUAAAACGGCAACAGACUUACCUGAUGGUGAUAAACACAGAGCUUUUAUUAUAAGAUAAGAUAUAUGUUAUAUUAUUGUAUUACAAAUGAUAUUAUAUAAUGUUGAUUUA